AGCAGCAGCCGCUCAGCUGAUGCACUCAAAGCGAGCGAGCCGUCUCACUCCUUUGCUCUGCUGUUUUCCUUCUGCCCCGUUCAGUCGGAUGGGCUUCGAUCGGCAUUGAAACUUUUUUUUUUCAAGAGCCAAGAUCCUGUCCUGCUGGCUCUUGUUUUUGGGAGCAGCAUCAAAGAGGAGGGGGCGGGGAGUGUUUUUUUUUUAAGAGAGGCUGUGAGGAUGAGGAGAGGGGAUGGUGUGAUUCUGUAAAGAGACAGAGAGGAAGAGGGAGACGCUCCAGAAGCAUCACUGCCCCCCCCCCACCUCCAGACUCCUUCUGUCUGGCCGACGCUCUCCCCGUUUACACACUCCUUCAGGGGAGACUGGAGACUUGUGGGGCGAGCAGGAAACAUGUCACAAACCAGGAGGAACACGUACACACGGACCACCAGCAGCGGCAGCAGCAGGAUGAGCUCAGACGGGGGCGGGCGGCCCGUCAAAGUGGGCUCCCUGGUGGAGGUGAUUGGAAAAGGGCAGCGCGGCACGGUGGCCUACAUCGGCAACACGCUGUUUGCCUCUGGAAAAUGGGUGGGAGUCAUCCUGGACGAGGCCAAGGGCAAGAACGACGGCACGGUGCAGGGCAAACGCUACUUCACCUGCGAGGAGAAUCGCGGGAUAUUUGUGAGACAGUCCCAGAUCCAGCUGGUCGACGAUGGCGCAGACACGACGUCUCCGGAGACACCUGAGGCCGGCACCGGCAAGGUUCCAAAACGAGAGAUCCUGGAGACGUCCAAGUCCGCUAAACUGCGAGGACUGAAGCCUAAAAAGGUGUUGCAUGUUUCUCUAAACCUGACUCCUGCACCCCGGAAGACCACGGCCAGAAGGCCCAAGCAGCCCAGCCGGACUGCGGGCACGGCUGGAAAGGGCGCCGCGUCGGGCUCGGCCUCGGCCUCUGCCGGGGAGAUGAGCAGCAGCGAGCCCAGCACGCCGGCACAGACUCCUCUGGCGGCUCCCGUCAUCCCCACCCUCCACUCGCCAGGAAACCUUCCAGCUCCUGGCCCCAGCAAGGAGGAGGAGGCGCUGCGUGGUCAGCUGAAGGACCUGGAGGAGAAGCUGGAGACGCUGAAGAUGAAGCGGACGGAGGACAAGGCCAAGCUGAAGGAGCUGGAGAAACACAAGAUCCAGCUGGAGCAGCUGCAGGAGUGGAAGAGCAAGAUGCAGGAGCAGCAGGCCGAGCUGCAGAAACAACUCAAAGAGGCCAAGAGGGAGGCAAAAGAAGCGCAGGAGGCUAAGGAGCGCUACAUGGAGGAGAUGUCGGACACGGCGGACGCCAUCGAGAUGGCCACGCUGGAUAAGGAGAUGGCCGAGGAGAGGGCGGAGUCUCUGCAGCUGGAGGUCGACUCGCACAAGGAGAAAGUGGACGAGCUCACCAUGGACCUGGAGAUCCUGAAGCACGAGAUCGAGGAGAAAGGGUCGGACGGCGCGGCGUCCAGUUAUCACGUCAAACAGCUGGAGGAGCAGAACGGCCGACUGAAGGAGGCGCUGGUCAGGAUGCGUGACCUGUCGUCGUCAGAGAAGCAGGAACACGUGAAGCUGCAGAAACAGAUGGAGAAGAAGAACGUGGAGCUGGACGCUCUGAGGAGCCAGAAGGAGAAACUGCAGGAGGAGAUGUCGGCGGCCGAGAAGACGAUCGACGAGCUGAAAGAACAGGUGGAUGCGGCUUUGGGGGCGGAGGAGAUGGUGGAGACUCUGACGGAGAGGAAUCUGGACCUGGAGGAGAAAGUCCGGGAGCUGAGAGAGACGGUCACCGACCUGGAAGCGAUCAACGAGAUGAACGACGAGCUGCAGGAGAACGCCAGAGAGACGGAGCUGGAGCUGAGGGAGAUGUUGGACCUGGGCGGGGCUAAAGUCAGAGAGUCAGAGAAACGCGUCGAAGCCGCUCAGGAGACGGUGGCCGAUUACCAGCAGACCAUCCAGAAGUACCGCGAGCUCACAGCUCACCUGCAGGAGGUGAACAGAGAGCUGACCAGCCAGCAGGAGGCGUCGGCGGAGCUGCAGCAGCAGCCGGUCGCAGAGAUGUUUGAUUUCAAGAUUAAGUUUGCAGAGACGAAGGCGUACGCCAAGGCGAUCGAGAUGGAGCUGAGGAAGAUGGAGGUCGGUCAGGCCAACAGACACGUCUCUCUUCUGACCUCCUUCAUGCCCGAGUCGUUCCUCCGUCACGGCGGCGACCACGACUGCAUCCUGGUGCUGCUGCUCAUCCCCAGACUCAUCUGCAAGGCGGAGCUGAUCAGCAAACAGGCUCAGGAGAAGUUCGACCUGAACGAGAGCUGUGUGGAGCGAGCCGGGAUGAAGGGAGCGGCCGGCGAGCAGCUGAGCUUUGCAGGCGGUUUGGUUUACUCGCUCUGUCUGCUGCAGGCCACGCUGCAUAAAUACGAACAAGCUCUGACUCAGUGCAGCGUGGACGUCUACAAGAAGAUCGGUACUCUCUACCCGGAGAUGAGCGUCCACGAGCGAUCUCUGGAUUUCCUCAUCGACCUGCUGCACAAAGACCAGCUGGACGAGACGGUCAACGUGGAGCCGCUCACCAAGGCCAUCAAAUACUAUCAGCACCUGUACAGCAUCCACCUGGCAGAUCAGACUGAGGACUGCACCAUGCAGCUGGCCGAUCACAUCCGAUUUACCCAGAGUGCCUUGGACUGCAUGGCGGUGGAGGUGGGUCGUCUGCGGGCGUUCCUGCACACCGGUCAGGAGAAGGCGGACCUCGCCGUGCUGCUGAAGGACCUGGAGACGUCCUGCAGCGACAUCCGACAGUUCUGCAAGAAGAUCAGGCGCAGGAUGCCGGGAACGGACGCGCCGGGGAUCCCUGCUGCGCUCAACUUCGGACUGCAGGUGUCAGACACGCUCUCAGACUGCAGGAAACACCUGACCUGGGUGGUUGCCGUGCUGCAGGAGGUGGCAGCAGCCGGAGCUCAGAUGAUGUCGCCGCUCGGCGAGCAGGAGGGGCUGGCGGCCGUCAAACUGGAGGAUGUGGCGUUCAAGGCCGGAGAGCAGAUUUACGGAUCGCAGGGAGCCAACCCGUACGAGUAUCUGCGUCAGUCCUGUGGCAUGGUCAUAGCAACCAUGAACAAGAUGGCCACCGCCAUGCAGGAGGGAGAAUACGACUCUGAGAAGCCUCAAAGCAAGAAUCCUCCUCCUGUGGACGUGCGGUCUGCGGCCCUCCGGGCUGAGAUCACCGACGCAGAGGGUCUCGGUUUGAAGCUGGAGGACAGAGAGACGGUCAUCAAAGAGCUGAAGAAGUCUCUGAAGAUCAAGGGGGAGGAGCUGAGCGAGGCGAACGUCCGUCUCAGCCUGCUGGAGAAGAAGCUGGACAGUUCGUCCAAAGACGCAGACGAGCGCGUUGAAAAGAUUCAGACCCGACUGGACGAGGCGCAGACGCUGCUGAAGAAGAAAGAGAAGGAGUUCGAGGAGACGAUGGACGCUCUGCAGGCCGACAUCGACCAGCUGGAGGCGGAGAAGGCGGAGCUGAAGCAGAGAAUCAACAGCUCCUCCAAGAUGACCGUCGACGGGCUGAGAGGAACCGGCCCGUCGGGAAUCGCCUCCAUCGUCACGGGAAUAUCAGGAGAGGAACAAAAAGCGAACAUGAUCUCUGGCGUCGGUUCCGGCUCGGGCGUCCAGGUGAUCGACUCUCCUCUGCUGACUCAGCAGAUCGAAGCUCAGAGACUCUGCAUCAAACAUCUGAAGAACGACAACAACCGACUGAAGGCGGAGAAGAUGCGUGCUCAGCUCGCCGCUCUGCCUCCUCUUCACGUGACCAAACUUCCCUCGAAAGACGGUCGGCCUGAAGUGCUCUCCAGCGCCCUCUACCGCAAAACGGACCAGCUGCUGGAGACUCUGCUGCAGAUGAGCGCCAACGUCAAGGUGGUCGACAUCACGGGGAAAUCUCCAGUGACUCCUGGUGCUCAGCUGCUGGAACAGACGGCAAGAUUACAGUCACUCAGUGACACACUGGGCCGACUGAAGGAUGAAGUAGCGGAGCACGUCGUCAACCAUCAACCCGGCGCUCGGAUCUCGUCUGAUUUCGCAACCUUUCCUUCGACCACGUUUGUGAAGGCGAAGGAGGAGAAGCAGGGCGACGCGGUCCUGGUGGGUCGGGUCAUGCUGCCGUGCGCCCGCGGUCAGGAGCAGGUCCAUCGACUCGUCCUGUCACAGAAUCAGCUGCAGAGAGUUCACAGUCUGCUGAAGACCUGACGGACACCUGAUCCCUGAACCCUCAUCUUCAUCAUCAUCUUCAUCCUCCUCAGCUUAGCAGUCUGGUUUCCACUCCACGGCCAAACAAGGGAAACCAGGAAGUAUUUAAAAAACACUACUGUGAUCAUAACCUGCAGGAACGUAUAUUUAAUCGUAUUUAUAAAAGAGUCAGGACCGAGUCUGAUCUCAAGAUCACUUUGGAGGUUCAAUAUUUGGACUGAAACGAAAUCCUUAAAGACGAAUCAAUCAAUCUGUCACUGAUCCAUAAAUCUUUAAAUUAGAAACCGUUUUAUCUGAAGAUGCCCCUUUAGUGACAUCAUAAUGUGCACAGUGAGGAGGUUCCUGGUUUGAAUCCCUGUCUGACAGGAGCCUCUCUGUGUGGAGUUUGCAUGUUCUCUCCGGCUUCCUUCCACAGUCCAAAGUCAUGCUCGUUAGGUUAACUGCUCGUAUGUGAGUACAAUACAUGUGAGGAUUUUAAAGGAACAAAAAAACACUUUGAAGUGUCUCCUCUUCCUCUUCCUGUGAAACCUGAACAACCCAUCGAUGAUCUAAAUCAAAGACAAACACGUUUUAAACUUUAACCUUCAGAGUGACCUUCAUCAGACUGCUGUUCUCCUGACACAAGCUCCGCAAAGCUGUAUCGGUAACUUCUAGAUCAGUCGAGGCCGUGAUCCUCGCCGCACGCUGCACAGAUUCACUACAUUUGAUUUUGCACAGAGUCGUUCUAAUCAGCUGCAGGAGGGGGGAGGUUUGCUUUCUAUGUUUCACUCUCUGCUCUGAUAUUUCACAGCACACAGGAGGAGGAGGGUCAUGUUUACGUUUCUAUCAGGUGUCACUGUUUUUAAAAAGCUCACUGUUUAAAGGGAGAGAAGAACUGUGAGGGGUUAAAUGUAGAUUUGUUCAUUAGGAGCGAGUAGAAGGGCUUCGUACUGUUGGUUUGAUCAAAGAGACUUUUUGCACAUUUUACAAAACGAGAGAAACAACAGAGGAGAAUAAAAGCUGCACGUUCUCUUCACUGCUCCACUGAUCGACUAAUUUAGUAUUUUUUUAUUUGCACAGUAAGGGAAAAAAAACAUAUUAAACAAAUAACAAACUUCAGUGCAGGGAGAGGCAGAAACUCAAUGAGCUGAUUUGAAGCCUCGACCUAAAAAAUGCUAAAAUAUCACCAAAUUAAAAAAACAACUAAACAAAACAGAAUUAAGAUGCAGCAAAGAACAGAUAGAAGUAACGAUGUAAUCUUUGUAGUAGUGAAGUAACACGCAGAGAUACUCGACUUUCUGUUCCUGCAGGCCGCUUUUAGAAAAUACACAUUUAAAAACAUUUAGAAGGAGAAUAAGUUUUAAAAUCUUUUAAAGGAGUAAAAUGUGACACUGGUGACUGAUAACUGUCCAGAAUCAAAGGGUUCAUUUAUUUGUUGUUAGUGAAUCUGUGAGUGAAGAAGUAACGUCCCCGUGGAGGCAGGAAGUGGAGUAUCUCUGACCUGCAGCGUGCUGACGGUUUAUUUUCCUCUGUUGAUGAAACUGAAACUUUAUCGACUGCACCGAACGAGAACAAAAUGUUUUGAACCUUUUAAAGGAUUUACUGUCAGACAGAUUCAUGUUUAUUUAAAAAGAACAGAAGAAGGGUUUUAUUGGUUUUUAAUUAUUAUUAAGUUAUUCUCACUCUCGGGGUGUGAAUGUCAUGCCAGUUGUUAUUGUGUACUUUUUCAUGCUUGGUAUAAAUGAUUCACCUACGGAGGCCUGCGAGGCUCAGGAAGGAAAAAAACUGUUGUUUGUAAAUCUUUGCAAUGGGUUUCUGUUCACUGAGCAGCGGUUAUAAAUCCCUUCACGUGUAGGUUAUUGACGGUUCAAACUGGAGCCUCAAACCGCCAGGAGACGAGAUCGAGAUCACAUCAAUCCACUUUAUUUGAAGAUAAAUGAAGAGUUAUGGGUGCACUGAUGGUCACUCAAAAGACGCCUGGCAAACAUGGAGUCCAUCAUUUGUUUCUCCUGACCUUAAUAAGGUGGGAGGUGCUAAGAAGUACCGGUACACCGACCAGCUGCGAGGUGCCCCCCUAGUGGUGUGGAGGAGAAUUACCUUACAGUUUCUUACAAAUUCUUUUGUAAACGCUGGGAAUGGAUUUACAAACAUCUUUUUUUUAAACCCGAGUCUUCUGGCUCUCCGUACACACCGAUGGCUUUGGUUGAAAAUAAUUCAGAUCCGUUGUGUUUGAACCUCUCGUUCCGCUGAGUCGUGUUCCUGUUUCAGUUUGUGUCCGAGCCUUAAACGUGCAGAGAGCUGCGAGGUGACGAGCGAUCAUCGCCUGCCUUAUUUUGAUUCGCUCAGACCACACUGUGUUUAAAAGCAAAACUCCAUCUUUGCCAAAGAGUCUCUGUUUUUGCCACGGUCUGAUUAACUGUUUUUUUUUAUUUUUUAUGAUUCAUUAGAGUAUUUAUGUUUGCACAGUACGGUCUUAACUUGAAGUUUUAUUAAACGAUGUAUUUAAUGGGCAUAGUGCAUCUUAAUUCUUAUUUAUUCACUCUGUUAUUUAAGUGUCUGCAGCUUGUCUAACUCGUCUUACCUUUCGUCCUCGUGUGGCUUCCUGCUCUCGCACAAACGUUAACUGAUCAAUAAAGACAUUUAAGCCAG